CUUGCAUGGUUUGUUGGGUACACUGUUCACUCGUGCUUCAGACUACUAACGAAGCAUUAAAACUCGGCCUUGUCGAAUAGUGUCACAAUUAGCCUCGUAUCAACAGCCGAUCGUGACAGUGUUUUUUUAAUUUGUUUCGUGACCAACAGUCAAAUGAAGGUCAUUACCGAGGAAGCUGUGGAAUCAAUAAGGUGCUAUCAAACAGAACACAGUUCGUCGCAAUUCGGUUCGCCCAGUCACAACGCGAUGAGCCUCAACACAAUCGGGAAUGGCUCUUGCCGCAGCUCGCCGUCUAUUAUUAACCGCAAACAUCAGCGGUUAACAAACGUUGAAAAUAGAUCCGAUGGAGGCGGAAUCUGGUCUUUUCACGACAACAAAUGGCACCUGACUUUUGAUGAUGGAGAAGAAGUCAAUUUGCUGUACUCGAAACAGGAGGUUUUGCCUCUUCAGGAUUUUGACGGUGAAGUCAGACCGACCAUUGACGUCGAACAGUUUCUAGAACAGUGCGUCCUUCUUCUAGAUGAUGAAGCGGCACAGACUUCGACGCCUGUGGACCUGGUUGAUCUUCUACUUGGCAAAAUGGACCUACCAGUUGCUGUAGUUGAAGAAGCCAAAACAAUUCUCGUCACCCACGACAUUGUUCCAUCCUUGGCUAAGACAAUUCAAGCGACAUACAGCACAAGGGACAAUGUCAAUAUCUUUGAUUACGACGAGUCUUGGCUCUGCACAAUGGGUGACAUUCCAUCAUUGGCACAACGUCGUAUUGCAAUAAUGAGGCUGAAACAUCCAACAAAUAUGGGAGAGACUUGCCAUGAUGUCCAGUUGUUUGUGCUUAUCUUGUGCCCUGGCAAAGAGAAAGGGACGAAAAAUGGGCUAGAAACAAGUCGUACAUUCGCCACUCUUUUGGCCGAUGUAAAUCUACGACGGCAGCUGUUGGAAGUGACCAACGAAGAGGAAUUCAAGGAGCUCGUGUUAAAACGAGCAAAAGAGCUUGUCAUUGUACAACAACAAAGCCGUUCAUCCGUCCAUAUCAAAGUGGACAGCCUCCAGUCGAUAAAUGAGACGAGUUGUAAUAAGAAAAAGGUAAAGAAAUUCUGUCAAUUUGGACAAGGCAUUCGAGAAGAUCUUUGUCGCCGUCUGCCCCAUUAUCUUUCAGACUAUGUCGAUGGUAUCAUUGGUCCCAAAACACCACAGAAGGUCAUGUCUACCACUUUCUUUCUUUACUUCGCUUGUCUACUUCCUGCCAUUGCGUUUGGGGUGCUAAACGAUCACAACACUAACGGAAAAAUUGGUGUCCGCAAAGUUAUUGUUGGUCAAACCAUUGGUGGUUUGUUCUUUGCCUUUUUUGGUGGUCAGCCAUUGCUGAUUAUGUUGACAACAGCUCCAUUAGCACUUUACAUCAAAGUCAUUUCUAGUAUCUGCGACGAUUUCGAGCUGGAUUUUUACGCCAUGUAUGGAUGCGUUGGUCUCUGGUGCGCCUUCUUCCUUCUCUUGUUUUCACUGUUUAACGUUUCACGGUUAAUGUGCUGGUGUACUCGUUCGACCGAGGAGAUUUUCGGCCUUUUCAUUUCAAUCGCUUUCUGCGUCGAUGCGUUCCGUGACACGGCUAAAAAUUUUCAGAAGAAUUACAGCUCGCCUCAGUGUCGAAACGAUAACAUUGGGGACGUUGAAAGGAACGUUAAUUCGACCUUAACUUAUUACUUGUUAAAUCAGACACAAAACGGCCAUCACGAUGUCAUUGCCACCGAUGAGCCCGUCGAAUGCAAUCAGGCCACUUCGGUGCUGUUUCUAUUUCUGAUGCUGGGCACCGUCUGGGUUGGCGUUUUCAUCUUCAAUUUCAAAAAAACGCCGUUUCUCUCGACCGGCAAACGGGAAGCUCUGGCCGACUACGCGUUGCCGAUUGCUGUGCUCACUAUGAGUUUUGUUGGUUCCUUUUUAUUUCAAGAUGUCAAAGCGGAGCCUUUCCGAUACGACGAUAGCGACAGUGUUUUUACGGUGACUCCGCUGGAACGGCUGUCGGGAUUGGCUAUAGCCGGUGCUAUGGGCUUGGGUUUUGCUUUAUCCCUUCUCAUUUUGAUGGAUCAGAAUAUUUCAUCGGCCAUGGUCAAUACCCCUUUAAAUAAUUUGAAAAAGGGACCGGCCUAUCAUUGGGAUUUGUUUGUCAUGGCUAUUUUAACAGCUGCUUUGUCAGCUGUUGGAUUGCCAUGGAUGCACGCUCUUGUACCUCAUUCUCCACUACACGCCCGUGCGUUGGCCGAUGUCGAAGAGCGAGUACAUCAAGGACACGUCUACCAAAUAAUUGUUCGAGUGCGUGAAACCCGAUUAACUGUUCUGUUUUCGCACAUUCUCAUCGGCUUGUCGAUUCUUUUGCUUCCUUAUCCAUUGGCCUACAUCCCACCAGCCGUUCUCAACGGCCUGUUCCUCUACGUUGCCAUCACGGGUCUCGGUGGCAACCAAAUGUUUGAACGCAUUAUGCUCUUCUUUACGGAGCAAUCCGCUUAUCCGCCAAAUCACUACAUUCGUCGUGUUCCGCAGCGUAAAAUCCAUCAGUUCACUGGUUGCCAAUUGGCCCAGUUGCUGCUCAUGUGUCUGUUUGGCUUCGUGCCAUGGCCUUACAUGAAGAUGGUCUUCCCGGUCAUUCUCCUCUCGUUGUUGCCCAUUCGUCACCUCGUCGUUCCUCGUCUCAUAGAACGCCGUUUCCUCAAAGCGCUGGACAGUAGCGAGCAUUAAAGUUCCAGCAAUUCCGGUGUCGGCCCGGAUGUUCAGUCAAGUAUACAAUUCUUAAAUAAUUCGGACAUUUAAAAAGAGUAGUAAUUUUAAUUUAAUUUUAAGAUGCUCGUAUUUCUUAAAUGUAUAUGAACUAAACGCAUUAGAAACGUGUCGUUGUUUUCUGACGUUUCGCUUUGCGUUCAUCUGAGGUACUUGAUACAAUUUUCGAACUUUA